UUCAUUCAUUCCCCAUUCAUUCGUUCAUUCAUACGUAGUAUCUCCUCACUAGUCUGUGACUUUGUGGUUCAUUCAUUUUUAUGCCGGUCUCCGUGUGGCUGUUGCUCGUGGUCGUGGCAUGUGUAGAUUUAUUCUAAUAAAAGAACACGUGUUUGUUGUAAAGAACGUUAUAAGUGUAGAAUUUCUGUCUUGUAAGGCUACGCAACGUUAAAAACUUUUAUCGUUUGCUACGAAUCUAAUGUAAGUAACUAUAAUAAUUACGCCAUAAAUAUGAACUUCCAACAAGUGCUCAAACAAAUUGAUUUUACAGAAUACCACUAUGACUGAGAAAGAAGCAACGCCGGAAAAUAAAGAGCAGGAGGCAAACGAUAAUAAUGGGGUCGAAGACAGCGAAUUGGAAAGCGCAAUUAUACGACAAGUGGAAUAUUACUUUAGUGAUGUAAACCUACCACGUGAUAAGUUCCUCAGGGAACAAGUUAAGCUGGACGAUGGAUGGGUUCCACUAGAUGUGUUAACCAAGUUCAACCGUCUUGCCAAAUUGUCAAUGGAUACAAAUGUCAUAGCCAAUGCAUUGAACAAUUCCACAUCAGGCCUUUUGGAAAUUUCAGAGGAUAAUAAAAAUGUGCGCAGAAAUCCUGAGUUACCAAUACCAGAGAUGAAUGAGGAUCGUCGCAAAGAAUUGAUGGCUCGCACAAUUUAUGCCAAAGGCUUCCCAAAGGAUGCAUCUUUAGAUGACUUGCUUAAGUACUUUAAACAAUAUGAAGAAGUGGAAAACAUAAUUAUGAGAAGAUAUGUGGAUAAGUCAACAAAGAAAAGAAUGUUUAAAGGUUCAGUGUUUGCUACUUUCAAGACAAAAGAACAGGCAGAGAAGUUUUUGGACACAAAGGACCUAAAGCAUGGUGAUACCACCCUCAUAGUCCUCUGGCAAGACAAAUAUAUACAACAAAAACAAGAAGAAUACAUUGCCAAGAAGGAGCAAGGAAGAGAAAGGAAAAAUAAAAAUAAGGGACAUAAUGACAAGGAAGAAAAAGAAGAGUUCAAGUUACCAGCAGGUACCGUAUUCCACUUCAGUGAGGGAAAUGACACCAUGAAGAGGGAAGACAUUCGUGAUGCUUUGGCUGCUUUAGGUGCUGAUGUAGCCUACAUCGACUUCAAAGUGGGAGACAGCGAAGGCUGGGUGCGCUUAGCCAAAGAGAAUUCUGCAAAGGAAAUUGCAGAGAAAAUCACAGAUGGUAAACUUAAAAUUGGUGAGAAGGAAGUAGUCUUCAAGAUGUUAGAAGGUGACCAGGAAAAAGCCUAUCUCGAUAAGACUGUUGAAGAAAUGGCUAAGCGGCGUAAGAAUCAAAAGAUGAAUAGUAGACAAAAUAAAGGCAAAAACAAAGGCAGACAAAGCAGGAAACGGAAACAAGAUCAACAUGAUGAUGCGCCUCAAGCCAAAGUGAAGGCAGAGAGUUAGUGUAAUAGGCAUAAGUUUAAUGUUAUUAUAUUUGACUGUAUUCCUAAUUACUAUGAAAAUUGUAGACAUUGUUCAUAUUAUUAUGAGACAAAUCUCGUAUUCUCAUUGGAACAUUUACUAUUCCACUACUUUUUCGUAAAUUACGAACUGUAAUUUUAGAAAUUGUCUCUACUUGAUAAUUGUUGGAGAUGUAAAGAAAUGUAGAACAGAGUUCCGUUUCUUAUUGCUGUUAAAUAAAGUUUAUGUCUAGUAAUUAA